AUAAUAUUAAGUUAAGACAACGUAGGAUGACCACUGGGACGGCGCAGUGUGAUUGUAUUCUCGACUUUUAUUCAAAUAAUAUUGCAAGCCAAAUAAAUCAGUGUAAUCCGGAUUAUUCUUGUAAUAUCAAUCAUCAUAGAGAUGAUAACACAUGUAAUUGGAAUAUUGACUAUCCUAAGAAAUUCUCAAGUUGGCAUUAUUCAAGAAAUUAUCAUGAAACAUCAUUCCCUAGUUCUAAAGGUUCUGGAAUCAAGUCAAAUACUGUGCGCCCGACUUCCAUGAGUACAGAGCAUUUAAAUGAAGAUUUGGUAGUCCCAAAUGGAUUAUAUCAGAAGCCCAUUGUAUCAACUAAUUCCUUGGACACAUUUAAUUCUUGUUCAGAUGCAGAUUGCCUUUGUUCUUUGGAAAUCGAUCAACGUCAGGAUCAUGUGAUUACGCAAUGUAACAAAUGUAUAAAAUAUCAGGCAUAUCACCACGGAAAUUUACGUACGUCUUCCGGACAUACACAAUCUAACAUCAGCUCAGAUUCCCAUCCAUUGGUUAUUUCUAACCCCAGCGCUGUUGCAGAAACUUUCGAUUUAUCUGAUCAUAGUCGUGAUUCGUCUUAUCCUGAUGAUCAUUUCGAUCGUAUGGUACCUUCUCGAAUUGAGUUACCUAACAUUUGCUAUGAGUUAGGAGAGGAUGGACACACUAAGACAAUAGAAGAAAUUGAAAGCAACUAUGGAGGACGUUUGAGAACCCAACGCGCUGCAAGGAUUAUACAAAAUGCCUAUAGAGACUAUCGUUUGAGAGCGGAAUACGCACGAUUGAAGCUAGAAAAAGGAAUCGGUCGUAUACGAGAAAGGAACCCAAGCAAAAUCGUCCAAAACAAAGCUAAUUCUGAUCACAUUCCAAACAAAGGUGACUGUGCGAUUUCUGAAGCUACAGAUGACGUUGAUGAUUUGGUAAUCGAGGGAGCAUAUGUUGACUGGUCACCAGAAGCGGGUGUUAGUCAGACUGAGUUACCAAAUUCAAUUAACAAUGAAACACAUUUGAUUGACUGUAUUUAUCCUGAAACUCAUCCUCAUAUUUCACAGUCUUGCACAAUUCCUCAUACUGAUAGUUUACCGACAAUUUCUGAUUCUCCUAGUGUUCCCAGUUAUUUGUCUCCUGCUAAUGCAAAGUCCAGUAUCAAUAAUCAAAAUUUAAGGAUGUGUAAUCCACAAUUGAUGCAUUUUUCAGUUCCAAACUCAUCUCUAAAUUACAAUAAUGAUCUUAUUCAGAUACCUAGUGAAUAUUUCUGCAGUCCAUCUACUAAACAGUUAACAGUAUUUAAUAGUCCUCAACCACAAUGGGUCAGUUCUCUUCCUAAUCAUUUUGAUCUCUGUUCGAGGACUCAGGUUACUACUACCUGCGAACAUUGUUCUCGUACUCGUCAACCUAAUCUAACUCAACACUUUGGUGUUGAAUGUAUUCCGAAAUUCGGUGACAUAUCUCCAGGUGUAGCAGGUUCAUCUGUACAUAGAGUUCAUUACAAAGAAUGCUGCGUACCACCCAGUAUUCCGAACCGUUCAAGCUUUCGUAACAAUUGUUGUCCUUAUUGUGUGACUAUUCCAAAUUUAAAGGUUACCUCUACUACAAACAAACCACCUGCUUUGGUUUGUAUGCCUGCAUCUAGAGCUAUCAUACCACCUCAACUUUGUAAUAAUAGUGGAUGUCCAGGAAUUCCUUUCCCUAUGGGAAAAGUAUACAAAACACCAACAGUUAUUUCAUCCUGUGUCCCUUUGAACAAUGAAUUACUGCAGUUGCACACGACGCAGUUAAUAAAUAAUGUUCCACAUGUUCCCUUACACCAUAUGGGGUCUCUUAAUAUUAAUAAGAAUGAUUCUUCUCAAAGACUACAUCCAACACAUGUGUCUUGCGGAGGCAAUUGUUAUCAUAUCCCUAAUUCGUGUCAGUUACACAUGCAUCCUUCAUAUCUUCCACAUAACUUACCAAGUCAGACUCUUCAUCCAUCUAUUGUAACCCCAUUUUCUCAUACAAAUUCCUGUAUAAACCGACUACCCAAUUCUCAUGAGAAACGUAGAAAACGAACUUAUCGUAUUGGUUUAAACAUAUUUAACAAGUCACCUGUAAAAGGGAUUGAUUUUCUAAUUAAGAAUGGAUUUUUGGAGAAUUCUCCACAGUUGAUUGCUCGUUUUCUGUUAACCCGUAAAGGUUUAAGUCGGGUUGCUAUAGGUGAAUAUCUUGGGAAUACAAAGAAUGAAAUAGCCAAGUUGACAACGCGACAAUUUAUACGAGAAUUGAAAUUUCGGAACAAAGAAGUUGAUGAAGCAUUGCGUAUAUUGUUGGGAUGUUUUCGUACACCAGGUGAAUCACAGAAAAUUGUUCAUCUAUUAAAUGAAUUUCAAUCAGCUUAUGUAGAACAGAAUGCAUCUCUUGUGAAGUCACAAUUUAGGAAUUCCGAUACUGUUAUGAUAUUAGCAUAUGCAAUUGUAAUGUUACAUACAGAUAUGUAUAGUCCAAAUGUUCGACCACAAUCAAAGAUGACAAAAGAAGAGUUUGUAAGAAAUUUGCGCGGUGUUGACUCUGGUGAAGAUUUAGAUCGAGAUUUUCUGCUUGGCAUUUACGACCGAAUCAAAUCCCAAGAAAUGUCUGUACAAUCAGACCAUACAGAUCAAGUUCGUAAAAUACAAAAACAUCUAACAGGUCCUCAGAAGCCUCUUAAUCUAUCAGUCCCUCAAAGGAGAUUGGUUUGUUACUGUCGACUUUAUGAGGUUCCAGAUAAAAAUAAACGAGAACGAUCUGGUGCACAUCAACGUGAACUUUUUUUAUUCAAUGAUCUACUUCUUAUUACUAAAAGUGUUCAAAAACGCAGACGUGAUGCAUCAGUUGCAUAUCAAGUACGAAUGACUAUUCAAUUAUUCGGAGUAAAAUUGGUCCCAUUUGAAACUGUUCAUCAUCCUAAUGGUUUAGAGCUACUUGCACCACUUGAACAAAUUCAAAAUGUAGACUCUCAUAGAGAGGUUGGUAUGAAUCAUAUCGUUGAGACACCCAAUGGUCGAGCGCGUAUCUUAAUCACUUUAAAUACAAAAACAAGUUCAGAUCGUGCUAGAUUACUAGAAGAUUUACAAGAAUGUAUAUUAGAAGUUACAGAGAUGGAGCGUUUAAGACGAGAAGAAAUUUCAAAACAAAAAUAUAAUCAAGUUCAUCAUCAUUGUUUAAGUCAUAAAUCAGGAAUAGACAAAUCAGGAAAUCAUCCCAAAUCACUUGACAAUUCAGGUGUCUCUUUUAACACCAAUAAUAGUCAUACUUAUUCUGAUCAUGAUAAUACUUUAUCAUCACAUAUUUGUGCACCUAUAGCUUGUUUGAUGAAUGCUACAGAAACAAGAAUUACAGAACAAACAAAUCAUAUGCCUGAAUUCUGUCAGCAUUAUAAAUUACCAGAUGGGCAAAGAUUAAGUGGUGACAGUGGACUGAUGGCUGAUUUGGAUACAGUAUCUUCUUAAUUCAAUCCAAUCUAUAAAUAAUACAGUUAUUCCAAUUCUAAUUUCAUUUUCAUCCUUUUUUUUUAUAUUAAUUUAGAAAAUACGAAUGUUUCAAAAAUUGCUUUUAUUCAUUUCGUGUUUAUUUUAUACGGGAGUUUCUAUAAUGUAUGUGUGUUGCACUAGUCAACAUAUUUUCACUGUGAUAUUAUUUUACGUUAAUAGACUAGUUAUUUGGCAAGAAUAAAAGUUUGUCAUCUAAACAAGUUCUCGCGAAAAUUUCAUCUGUUAACUUUGUACAAACAUUUAAUUAUGUUCAUUUCGAUAUUGUAUAUAUUCAAUAAAGAUUUUUCUUUUAAUUUCAAGUGUUAUAUAUAAUACUGUUUAUUUGAAGAGUUAAGUAAAAACAAGCAAAUCUGGGCAAGAUUAGAAAGACAAAAGGGGACUCGGACUAUUUCUCAAUUGAUUUAUUUAUUUUAACACAUAUAUAUUAGUUCAAGGAGGCACAAAAUGCAUACGCGCCACACAGAUCUCAUUUGAUAUGUAUGGGGGCUGUGAUACUGCCCGGGUGUCCAAAUCGAAGCAUCAGCUGGUUUUCUUAGGGGGCCACACACAGAGCCUUCGAUCUGAUCCGCAAGGCAGUGGAGCAACGUAAGGAGAUAUAGUCUCAUGGUAGCCGGUGACCAGCAAUUGGUUCACACGCCGUUUGUUUCUUCAGGAUACUGGAGCCCAUGUGCACCAUUGGAUUGGAAUCAGGGUUUUCCAACUCCUCUAGGUAGACUCUCCGUGUCCACCAACCCGGUUAAAGCGUCGGAUAUUCGCUCGUCGUCCUCUCGAUUUCGUAAACAACGCCCCCGCCACGAGAAGAUAGUGAGUAAGUAAGUUACUAAGAGGUGUGUUGAGUAUACAUAAAUAACACUAUGAGUUUAGUCAAUUAUGAUGUGGACCAAGCUGUAGCUCAACUUCCUAAUGAAUUUUAUAGUAUCAGAUAGUCAUCAACGCAGGACCAGGCGCACAUGCGAGUUACCACAUUCCAUUAACAUUACAAGAUGAACACCAAGUUCAUAGAAGCAAUUAAUUCAAUGGUAGUAAUAUAUAUAGACAUAGCAUGUAAGGAUAUGAUACAAGGAACCAAUCUCACUUAUUUAAAGGCAAAAUCUCACGACGUCAAAGGAUCUAAAAUUAUCCAUUCUGUUCACAUUUUUGCACUGACUGUUUUGCUCUCUUAGUAUACUUGGAUAUGAACAAUUUUCAUUUCUACAUAGAUAGGAAGAAUGAUUCAACUGACCUUCAGUCCUGCUGCGGUUGUAUCGAAGUGGUCGCUUCAUGGAGGAGUCCGUGAUAGGUGGUUGACAGCAACUAGUUUGAGACGAUGUAGAACACCAGAACACCUUGUCUCACAGAUUUCAAACGAUACGGCUACAUAAAUUCUACCUAAGUUUUGAACAUCCCAGUUAUUUCAAUUCACCUUUGAUUUAUCCCUCUACAAUUUUCUGUUAGUUUUAAUGAUUUUAAUCAUGUUAUUCUUAUUAUCCAUUAAUUACGUGCUAUGAUAAGCUGUGGUAUGUUGAAAUGGUGAGUAUUGAUUACUACGUUAGAUAUAUGUGUCAACGCAUCUUGAUAUUGAUCAUUUACUCCCUUCUUACUUUUCUAAUUUACUUUAAAAAUUUCCUACGUCUCAUUGUUCUAAUGAAGCAUAAUUAAGAUUCUGUACCCAUAAAAAAGUAUGGACGUAAUUAAGAUCUCAGUCAAUCUAACUGAUAAUGCUGGACCACCAUCUUAAAAGAUUUCUGGGACUAAUCCGUCUGGACCUGCAGUUGUCCAUCACUUUAAAUUCCCUACAUUUUUUUCAACUUCACCGACAAUUGGAGGACGUACACCAGUUUGCCUGGAGAUGGUGGGAAAGUGUAGAGUGGCCGAAGGCCUGUUGAACUGUUUUGCACACCAGUCUACUCUCCUGAAUUGAGAGUGAACAAUAGUCCGUCUUUUUCCGAGAUAGUUUCACUGAUAAGCGGAUUUUUGAUAUUCGUUUCCUUGAUAAGUGUGAACAGUCGUUUACUUUUACCUAUCGCUGUUGUCUUUUCCAUCUCUUCUGGUUUCCCUAACCACUGCUUCUCACGAUCACGUAGGCUUAUUAUCAGCGUAGGUUUAAGCUGCCUCCGCUCCUCACCGUGUUCAGAACCAGACGGAUGAGUUUCUGAGCAUCUAUCAGUUCUGCAGAUGCCACUGAAAUUCAGAUUUUUCUAACCUUUUGGUUUGUUACUAGUGCACAUCACUGCUGUUUCUACAGGUUUUUAGAUAUCAUACCAAGCUAUUUCGAGGUGGAUAUCGCUUUUACAGUUGAUUAGUUCUUUCUCUAGUUGGUCGUGAAAUAUAUUCUCAAAUUUUUCAUCCUUAGGCUGAACUCUAAGGGCUACUCUUGCUGUGGCAUUUCUAUAUCCAGUAAGAUGCAGACAAAGACGUCCUCGAACCAUAGCAUGGUAUGAGUUUAAACAUGUGCCCCGGAAUGAGCGACAGUCUUCUGUCGAGCCACCCUGACUGGCUGAUAACAAUGUGAUCAAGUUGAGUUGGUUGUGAGCUCACCACGUGAGAUGUUCUUCCUUAUAUUUAAAGUUGGUGUUCACUAGAAAUAGAUGGUCAUUAAAGCAUAGCUGCAGCAGAAGGUUGUCGUUAUCUGUUUGUCGAACCUUAACAUCGUAAGAUUCGCCUAAGAGCCUUCCGGUCUGAUUUAGUCUACCUACAUGAGCACCAAAAUCACCCGCCACUAUUAUUAAAUCAGAGCGUUUCGCUUUUGGGAGGUUGGAUAGCUUCCUAUAAAAUCUAUCUUUGACUUCAUCUGAGCUGCAAUCAGUGGAAGCGUAUGUAGAGACAACGAAAAGGCGACGACGUAUGUCUUGAUCCCAGAGAGUUGUUAUAUGUAUAUUUUAUCCGGUCAGUUCACAAGCAACUGUCUAAUCGAAUACAGAUGAACAAAGCCUGUUCUGCUUUUACACUUGAUGCUACACUUACACAAGUGAGGCCACGGGAGGUAGAAGUGAGGUUUCAGUCAGUCAGCUACAAUGUAGGACCAGGCACAUAUAUGCAUCGGUCCAAUUUGCCAUACCUCAUUAACACAAGAUGGACAGCAGAUUCACAAAAGUAGCUAAUUCAGAGGUGGUGAUAUAUAAAAGAAAGACUGCAUAUAGGGAUAAAGUACAGGAAGAAAGAAUUAGUUCGUAAAAAGAAAGAUAUGAAGCGAGUUUAAUCUCUUAGUCUAAGGGAAGACAGAGUGUAUACACCUACGCUACUGUUAUCGAUUCUGAGCCAUGGCACCAAGAGUCUCCAACCAUUGGUUACGAUUGUCACGCGGACCCCAAACCAGUAGUCUGCAUCUACCAACAUGGCUCAGACUACAGGUUAGUGUCUUCAAGCACUGAUGCCACGUUUUGAUUUAGCCGCCCCUAACUUUCUUCCAACCACCUCCAGCACUAGUCAGCAUUGCGCGUCGUGGUAAUUGGUGGUUGGGAAUGCGUAACACAUAUCCAAACCAUCUCAGUCCAUGAAGAUUCACAACCUCAUCAACUGAUUUACCAUCAUUCCCUAAUACCCUACGUCGAACCUCACUAUUACUUACCCGGUGAUCACAGCAAUAUUUCUAAAGCAUCUGUGGUCAAAUACUAGCAGCUCAAAAGUAUCUGCUCCUAAUAGUCACGUUUCGAGGCCGUAAAUUAGAACAGAACAGACUGCCGUGCAGUAUACUCGUCCCUUAAUUGAUAGACGGAUGUCUCGCCUUCGUCAUAGGUCACGUAAGUUGGCAUAAGCCAAACGAGCUUUUCGAAUCCGUGCUGAGAUUUCGUCAGAGAGCGGUUUCAUGAGACCAGAAAUAACAUUUUGUGAACUCAAAACAUCAGCAUUGGUGGCGUGUGAUGAUAAAGAUAAAUGAGAAGGGUUAGUUGUAGGGAUGAAAGAAUAAUUAAAAGGUGAGGGACUUGACUGUGAACCAAAUGUUCUCGUGUUCUGUUAAAAGUAUGAGGGUGGUUGUCACUUCCCAGCUGCUACUCAUCAUGUAGGGAUAUUCCUCUUUGGGGGACGUGAAAAAGAAACUAAAUUAGUGAUGACACUACAAAUCCAUGAGCGUGAUCCCGGAGCCUAAGGAAUAACUGCUCGAGGUCGGUCGCGCAAGACCAUUUAGUGGGAAGUUUUUGAUGAGUUAGCUCCGCAACCCAAAGCCUUCCCGCGGGUGAGAUAUGAUGAGGUGUGGCAUUAUCGAGGUCGACCUUACCUAACCCCUUACGUUUUGAGAAGGCAACUUCGCCGUAGACGUUGGUCGCCCAAGGCAAACACCUUACUGCUGUCACGCCCCUCUACAGUCAGAGGCACGACUUCGCCCUCGGACCUUAAGUUGCCGUCUUUAAUCUUACCAUUCCACAGUCGAUUUGCUUAGGACGGUGGAACCUAAAGGAACAUGUGUCCCAGCUAAUAUAGCUCGGUUGAUUUAUGAUGAUAGGCAAGCCCGAUCACUACGUCAGAGUAGCAGCUACGGUCGGGUUGUUAUGUGAAGACAGUAUAUACGUGAAAUGUAAUGCAUCGAAUUAGUGGAACAAUUCAAUCUUAAGAUAAACACCCAAAAAUCAACGGAGCUACCAGAGAUAACCUUCAUUCAGUGGUCUUGGGUGCUGUUAGAAGUAUGAGGGCGGUUAUCACUUCCCGGUUGCCCACACCGUGGAAGGGUUCUUCUGGAGGUACCUGAAAAGAAAAUUGGAUUAGAGGCAGUCUCAGUGACCUGAGAGCGUGACCGCAGUGCCCAAGGGACAACUGCUUGAGGCCGGUCGCGCACGGCCUUUUCGUGGAAGGUUUUUGACGUGUUAGCUCCGUUUUUCAAAGAGCCUUACCGCCGGAGACGGAAAUCCGUGAGGUAAGGUGAGGUGUGCAUUUUUAGGGUCGACCUUUUCUAACCCCACCCCUCCUUGUGGGAAGGCAGCAUCGCUGUAAUGCUGGUUGUCUGAAGGAUACACCUUACUGCUGUCACACCUCUGUACAGUCAGCAGUACGACUUCGCCUUCGGACCUUAGGUUUGUUGCUUUUAGUCUUACCGCUCUUCAACCGACCUGUCUGACAUGGUAGGACCUUGAGGAACGGUUGUCCCAGCCAGUAUAGCUCGGUUGCUUCAUCACGAUAGGCAAGCCCGACCACCACGUCAAGGUAGCAACAACGGUCGGG